AUGCAGUCCGCCUUUUCUGCCGCAUUGCUUAGUUACGGAACGUCGGCACCUGUUCCGCUAAACAGGGAAUUGGGAGGUGGACUGAAGAUGAACUGGUCCACGCUUCCUGCGGGAAACAUUUCGGCGUUCGAUUUGGAAAGUCGGCGUUCUCAGUAUGGUCAUUUCUCUUCGACCACCUCAGUAUUUUUGGCUAUGCUUAUGACACUGCUAGUCUUUGCCACCGUGCUUGGCAAUGCACUCGUUAUUCUGGCGUUCGUUGUGGAGAAAAGUUUGCGCACUCAAGGCAACUUUUUCUUUUUAAAUUUAGCCAUUGCUGACUUCCUAGUAGGAGGCUUUUGCAUCCCAGUGUAUAUCCCUUACGUCCUAACGGGGGAAUGGCGACUUGGAAGAGGUCUUUGCAAGCUGUGGCUCGUGGUUGAUUACAUGCUCUGCACCGCGUCUGUGUUCAACAUCGUCCUGAUCAGCUUCGACAGGUUUCAGUCCGUAACGAAAGCGGUGAGCGAUAGGUGCCAGAAGGGUGUGACCCGGGAAGCACUUCUGAAGAUGGCAGCUGUGUGGCUGGCUGCAUUCCUUUUGUACGGGCCUGCCAUCAUCAGCUGGGAGCACAUUGCCGGCAGAAGCGUGGUCCCAGACGGUGCGUGCUAUGCUGAGUUCUACUUCAACUGGUACUUCCUGAUGACAGCCUCCAUGGUGGAGUUCUUCACCCCCUUCAUCAGCGUCACCUACUUCAACAUCAGCAUCUACAUCAACAUCAGGAAGCGCAACCUGAUAAGGGAGGGGCAGCCUACAGGCGCAGGGAACAAGGACUGUGAGAUGGAGCUGCAGGGCAUAGAUGGGGAUGAGAGGCAGCAGGUGUUCUUUGUCAGGUCUGCAGCAGCUGGGAAAGGAGUUGGAGAGGCUGUGGACAGCAGUAGGAAAAAUCAGGACAGCGGGUUGCUGGAUUUGCCACCCCUCCAGCUGGAGGACCUGGUGCAGAAGCCUGUGCAUGGACGCUACAGAACUGUAGAUCAGAGUUACAGUCCCCAGAACAGCCGAUCUAAUGCAGCAGACACCAACAUUGCCAGCUGCUUCCGCCUCUCCAGAGACAAAAAGGUGGCAAAGUCCCUUGCAGUGAUUGUGUGUGUGUUUGGGCUGUGCUGGGCACCCUACACUCUACUGAUGAUCAUCAGGGCAGCAUGCCAUGGCCAAUGUGUCCAACACUAUUUGUAUGAGAUCUCCUUCUGGUUACUAUGGAUCAACUCCUCCAUCAACCCCAUGCUCUACCCACUCUGCCACAUCAGCUUCAAAAGGGCCUUUAACAAACUGCUGUGCCCCACUAAAAUCAAAGUCCAACCUCAGUACAUGGAACACAAGUGCUGA